AUGACACUGCCUUCAUUACUUCAGUUGAAAUCGUCUCCAGUUGAUAGAGAAAAACAGCCCUGUGGCGGCGAAGGCGCCUUCUCCGAAAGCAAUGCCGAGAGUGAGAGCGGCGGAGACAAGCCCCCCAUCGACCCCAGCAACCCGGCUGCCAACUGGCUCCACGCGCGCUCCACGCGGAAGAAGCGCUGCCCCUACACCAAGCACCAGACGCUGGAGCUGGAGAAGGAGUUUCUGUUCAACAUGUACCUCACCAGGGACCGCAGGUACGAGGUGGCCCGGCUGCUCAACUUGACUGAAAGGCAGGUCAAGAUUUGGUUCCAGAACCGCAGGAUGAAAAUGAAGAAGAUCAACAAGGACCGUGCAAAAGACGAGUGA